AUGUUCCCCUGCGACGCCCGCGAUCAUCCCUCCCGUCGCGUAAACAUAUUCCCCCCCCAUGGCCCGCGCUCGCUCCCCUCCCGUCGCCUUCGCUCUUUCCCCUCGUCCACGCUCACUCCCUCGCGUCGUAUUCGCUCAUUCCCCCCCUUCGCGGAUGCUCACUCCCUCCCGUCGUAUUCGCUCACUCCCCUUCCUCCGCCCACGCGCACUCCCUCCCGUCGCGCUCGCAGUAUCCCCUUCCGCCGCCCACGCGCACUCCCUCCCGUCGCGCUCGUAGUAUCCCCUUCCGCCGCCCACGCGCACUCCGUCCCGUCGCGUUCGCUCACUCCCCCCGUCGCGUUCGCUCACUCCCCCCGUCGCGUUCGCUCACUCCCCCCCGUCGCGACAGUCCCCUCCGUCGCAUACGCUCAUUCCCCUCAAUCGCCCACCUUCACUCCCCUCCGUCGCCCACGCUCACUCUCUCCCGUCACCCACGCUCACUCCGACGGGAAGCACGCUCAUUCCUCUUCCGUCGCCCACGCUCACUGCCCGUACGUCGCACACGCUCACUUCCUUCCGUCGCCCACGCCCGCUCCCUCCCGUCGCCUCCGCUCACUCCCCGUCCGCCGCCCACGCUCGCUCCCUCCCGUCGCGUUCGGCCCCAUCCGUCGCGCACGCUCACUCCCCUGCCGUCACACACGUAGGCACCCUCCCCUCGACCGAGAAGGCAUUCUCCGCUUCCGUCGCAUACGCGUUCAUCUCCCCAUUCCUCAUCUCCCCGUCCCUCAUCUCCCCGUCCCUCAUCUCCCCGUCCCUCAUAUCCCCAUCCCUCAUCUCCCCAUCCCUCAUCUCCCCGUUCCUCAUCUCCCCGUCCCUCAUCUCCCCAUCCCUCAUCUCCCCGUCCCUCAUCUCCCCAUCCCUCAUCUCCCCAUCCCUCAUCUCCCCGUCCCUCAUCUCCCCGUCCCUCUUCUCCCCGUCCCUCAUCUCCCCAUCCCUCAUCUCCCCAUCCCUCACCUCCCCAUCCCUCAUCUCCCCAUCCCUCACCUCCCCAUCCCUCAUCUCCUCACGCCCAUUUUCUCCUUUUUGUAA